CAGCUUCCCGCGCACGGAGAGGUCAAUGGCGGUAGAACAAACUCUAGUGUUAACAAAGCAACUCUUUUGUAACCACAAAGCUCCUCUGACUAAUUAUCAUAUACCGUCUGUGUGCCCAAUUGCUCGUUCUUUAUCUUUUCGUCGAUUUGAAUCGAAGAGGGACAGACUAUUAGGUUUUGCUUUUAAUGGCGGUUUGAAAUGUUCGAUGGAUUAUAACAACAAUAAUGACCACUACGAACGAGUAGUGGAUCCACAGUACCCAAGACCAUCGGAGAUUCAGUGGAAGAAGGAGCUCUGCAAUUCUCUACAGCUCAUCGGCACCGUUGCAACUCCGGUACAAAUCAAGUACCUCAGCUCCGGCAAGGUUUUGGCUUGGUCUCGCCUCGCCGUCAAGAAAACCUCAACCGAAACCACCUGGAUAAAUUUGACAUUCUGGGAUGAGUUGGCUCAUGUUGCUUCUCUGCAUGUAGAGAAAGGCAACCAGAUAUACGUUUCUGGUCGUGUGGUUUCAGAUACAGUUGAAAAUGAUGAUGGGAAGCAGCAGACCUACUAUAAGGUAGUUGUUCAGGAACUAAAUUUUGUUGAGAGGGGCUUCUCAUCAGUGUCCUUGAGUGACGGGGACUCUAAUUCUUUGACACCAGGUAGAAAACCUAGCAAUUUUACUGGGAAUAGCACAGGAAACACAGAGGAACUAUGGCAAGCCUUCUUUGCUAAUCCUGCGGAUUGGUGGGAUAAUAGGAAGAACAAGCGGAACCCAAAUUAUCCAGAUUUCAAGCACAAAGAUACUGGGGAAGCUUUGUGGGUUGAAGGCAGAUAUAAUCCAUCAUGGGUGAAAUCCCAACUCGCUAUACUGGAUUCAAGAAUGGAAUCUCUGCAAGACCAAAACGCUAGCAUGCAAAUGAAUUUCAUGACUGGUGAUCGUUUCACUCCUUUUUAAAUGUUCAUCAUGGUGGUUGUGAGACGUGGGUCUCAACCCAGAUAAAAGACAAGAAAGCUGUUGGUCUGAAUCAGAAAAUUUCUUUGCAUGGCUUUAGGUUUCUUUGGUUGCUAUAAGCCUUGGAAUGGAUUCAACUGGAUUUGUAUAUCAUUUGUUCUAAAUUUUGGAAAUGUUUCAACUUGCACUGUAUCGAUUGUACUACUGAAUUUGCAUCGCGUGCUGGGUGUACAUUGAGGGGUAUCAAUUUUGGUCAUUAACCUCAGGGAAUAUCAUAUGUUGAUAGGAUGAUAAUAUAGAAAUGAUAGUUCCAGUGGUUGUUUAUCUUUAACUGGGUUGAAUAGAAGAUUAAUUGAAGUGAAC